CUGCCCCUUUCUUGCCCCUCCUUCCCUUGGUUAGAUCCAAUAGCAGAAACUCGGAGUAUGAGACACAGUUUCACUGCCAGCCCAGUAAGAAGCUGGACUCUUUCUCUGCAAGAUCCACUGGCCAAAGGAACUGACAAGAUUACAGUGUACAUGAGAUGGCGAUCUUGGUGCUGUUGCUCGGCCUUGGGGUGGUUCUCGUAGCGCCUUCAGAAAGCACGGUGAAGGGCAUCAGAGAAAACUUUUCACAGGAGGAGACGCAUCCUGCUGCAAAACAGACUCUUGGGGAAUCAGUGAACUCAACCCUGUCAGAUAAAAAUAUCAGCCUCAGCAUAUCCAAGAAUGGGAUGUCUGCCUCACCCCCAACAUCCAGAAGGUUAUAUUUCCUCAUCCCCAAGGGAAACACUUUGAGUAAUGACCAAGACUGUCUAAACGGCCCGAGAGUCUGCAGAGAGGUUUUAGACACGAAUGAGUCGUGCCAGUUGGGCAGUAACUUUAGGCACGGGUCCCCCGAUGGGAUACACGGAGCUCCCAAGGCCACCCGCUGGAAACGUGGCCUAAGCUACUGGGAGAGCCUAGGACUGGAACACACCAUGUGCAAGGUCACUGCAGGCCAGCGGUGCCCCAGGUGCCAGGAGCACAGUGUCACCUCCUUAAAGAGACUCUUCACAGUGCUGACAAGCCACUCCCUGAUGAGCUGGCUAGUCAGCGGCUCUAAAUUGUAAAUCGCAGGGCUUUGAGGGUAAAGAAAGACAAGUUCACGAUCAUUGCUGCUUCUACCCUUCUGCUACACACAUCUGUCACCUGGCACGCAGUAAACACUGUUUGUGCUAAACUGAAUAAAUGGGGGGAAAUGGCCCAAUGCAGCACAAGUCAAUUAAAAAUUGUAACUGAUCCUAGAAUCCAGACUCACGUUUUUGCUCCACUCUGUCUCUCUGGAUGCCUUCCUAGUUUAGCUAUAAAGCUGUCCCAACGCUGAGUCUAACCCAAGUGGACAAAGGAAAGAAACUCAAGUCAGAUAGUGAAUGAGGGUGAGACAUAUACUCAGUGCUGUUCCUCCAAGAAGUGUGAGCAUAAGUGUGAGCAUAUGUGUGUGCUUGAGUGCAACUGCCUCCCACCAGUGGGUUGCCCGUCCUCCAGAUGUCUCAGCAUCACAGCUGCAGCACUGUAACAUCUGCAUUCCUCCACCAGUAUUCCUAUCUCAGGGCUGCUGCAGAGAGAUGAAACACAGCUCUUCUCACAGCCAAGCUACGUCUUGCUGCUCCAGAGCUUUGCCUGCACAGUGGCAAACGAUGGGAAAUACAGGAGGUGGCGAUGGGAAUAUGACGCUUCUGCUGUGUUCCAGGCAGGGUUGUCUUUGGUCUUGAUGCUUUCUCUGCCAAUUUUAAGUCCUCGGAGUUAACAGAGCAUGAAGCACAGACAGUUAUCAUUAUUUGCUGUUGUGCAAAUGUAUGCUCCCGUUUCCCCUCUUAUUUCUUUCCUUCAUCCCGAGCCCACUCUUUUUUUUAAAUGCUUAAUUCUAAAUAAACGCGUGCAAAUGAA